UCCUGGAGCCCUUCCCGGAAUGGGAGUUGCUUCUGAGAAGCACCCAGCUGACUCAUCAGCACUGCCAGCAUUGCCAGCAUUCCAGUGCAACCAACAUCCCCCUGCUGCUGGAGGAACAAUGAGCCCAAAGGGAAAGGAAACAAGGAGUGGCAGAAGCCUGUCUGGAGAGGAAAGGCAUUUGGAGAGUGGGACACACUGCAAGGAAGAAAUGUUUCUAAUCAGCAUAAACUUAUGAGCCAAAGUGUUUCAUUUGGAGCUUUUGACAAAAGUCACUUCCUCUGUAGCAAAAAAAAAAAAAAAAAAUCCACCCAGGAUAAAUAUCUCUGAGGAAGUGGAGCUCUGACAUAGCCAAAGAUGCAAUUUCUCACUGCUCGGUGACUGCACUGAGUCUUGGAGGGCAAACACAGGAUUGGGCACAGACAGCAGGUGGUGGGACAUGAGUGAGGAUCUCCUGAUGACCUGGGCACUUUCUCCUUCAUGUCCCUGACCUGGCAGGAGCCACUUUAGGACACAGAGGAGCAAGAGGUACCAGGAGGUACCAAGAGGGACCAGGAAGCGCCGCUGAUCUGCACAGACCCCUUUGCCUGCUGCUGCCCCACAGGGAACAGGGAGCAGCUAAGGAGUGUUGUGGUCCAUCCCUGCAUUCUCCAAGCACUGACUGCCCAGCCACUCUGACCACAGCCUGGGGCCACAUCCCACUGCCUGCCCAGCGUCCAUCCAUGGAGGUGAGCACCGUGUCCCCAUCUCCUGCCUCACCCACUGAAGGAGAUAAUACAUGUGGAAUUGAUAUCACCGAUGCGGCCGUAGUUGGCAUCAUGCUGCUCAUCUGCUUCUGUGGGCUGGCUGGGAACGGGGCUCUGCUCUGCCUCCUCAGGUUCUGCAGGAACGCCAUCACAGUCUAUAUCUUCCAUUUGGCUGUCGCCGACUUCAUCUUCCUGUUCUUUGUGGCCACCUCCCUCCUGCUCCACCUGCUGGAGGAACUUUCCUGCUACGCUAUUACACUCCGGGAGUACCUGAAGUUGUUUUUCCAGCUCUCGCUGUUCUCUUACACCACGGGGCUGUACCUGCUGACAGCCAUCAGCGUCGAGAGGUGCACAUCCGUCCUCUGCCCGCUCUGGUACCGCUGCCACCGUCCCCGGCACCUAUCAGGGUUCAUGACUGUCCUCCUCUGGACCCUCCCCUUUGUUACAGUGGUUAUCCUGUGCCUGUCACUGAGGCCCCAGCACUGCCAGGUGUCUCUCAUCUCCAUGAAUGCUCUCAACCUCCUGCUCUUUGCUCCAGCCAUGCUCAUUUCCAGCACAAUUCUCUUCAUUAAGGUCAAGUGUGGCUCCCAGCAGCAGCAACUCAAGAGACUUGACAUCGUCAUCUUCCUCACUGCGCUCUUCGUCCUCCCCUUCACUCUCCCACUCAGCCUCUGGAGUUUUCUGCAGCAGUUUGGCUACACCAUGGUGUCAGCCCAAGUGGUUUUCCUGCUCGCCUGCACCCGCAGCACCAUCAACCCCUUCAUCUGCUUCUUGGUGGGGAGCUGCAGGUGGCCCUGCUCCAUGGAGGGUUGCAGCAGGCCCUGCUCCAUGGGGUCCCUAAGGAAGGCCCUCCUGAGAGUCUUUGGGGGCACAGAAGAAAACGGUGCCUGCAGCGAUGAUCCCAUCAUGGACAUUGUGCUCUGAACCUGUUGAUUCCUGCCACUGCACUGCUGAAUAACCCCGCGACAGCAGCUGAGGGAUUCCUUGAGUGACCUGAUCAAUAAAUAUCCACAGUAUCACCCUCCCUCUGCUGGUGCAUCCUCACCCUCUUUCCAGUCCACGCUAAGAUCUCAGAAACACUCCUGGCCAAUGAAUUCCGUUGUGCUGAUGCUUAGUAUUAAAGCCAGUUUUUACUAA